AUGGCAUCAGCCGCUCUGAUGCCAGCAUCGGCGUCGAUGAGCAGCGGGCUAGGCCUCGCAGGAGGGGGCUCUGUCGAGGGCGACUCACCCGUGGUCAGACAACGUUACGAUAUUGGACUGCUACAAGCCUAUCUCGACGCUUUGCUCCCUAUUGUCAGCUCGGCCAGCAGUCGCGAGCUACACGACACUUUGUUUACGACUACCUCCUGGAACGACGUCGCUGAGUCCUUUGCCAGUGAUCCGAGCGUUACCGUCGUCUACGUGGAAAAGGUGCGCAGGGAGGCUGCGCAGGACAAUGAGGAACAGGGCCUCUUUGAGUUUCAACUCUCUCGCCGACCAAGCUAUACCCCACGCCACGUCUCAAGCAUCGCCCUCAUCAAGCGCGUCCCGACUCUCGACGCUGAUGUGCCCGUCGCGCAGCAGCUUCACCUCCUCUCUCUCUUUGGCCCGGCGAGUGCAUCUGCUGCGCUGAUUGAGCAAUCGCAGAAGCCCGUCAAUGGCGCUGGAGGAGGCAGCGACGACGCUGCUCAGCAGGCUGCCAUCUCCGCCACUGUGAGAGAGUCGCCUUACGAGGCCCUGCACAGCGUCGUCCACAAUGUCAUGGCGCCUUGGUUCGAUGCAUAUGUGGCUAGUAGGGAAGGCCCGGAUAAACAAAGUACCACUACGACGCUCAAGAACAAGGACAAUGACGCCAGAAUGGGCAUUCCAAUGGCCAAGCGCAAGUUCGCUGAACUGGAGCUCAGUCUGCUCCAUCUCCAACAGAACGUCGAAAUUCCAGAGAUCCACCUCGUCGUCCAUCCCGUUGUCCGUUCCACCGUGGAGCGCUGCCAGUCCUCAGGCCGUAAGGUUGCCCCAGAAGAGGUCCAACCACAGUCGCUCCUCGCAGACAGCAGCUUUCUCAACAAGUUGCAGAGCGACGUCAACUCGUGGGUCAAGGAGGUGCAGACGGUCACCAAGCUAGACCGAGAUGUGGCGUCGGGAACCGCUUCGCAGGAGGUCAACUUCUGGCUGUCCAUGGAGAGAGCACAAGAAUCUAUUGAGCAGCAGCUGCGGUCAGAUCCCAUUACGCUAACGUUGGGCAUCUUGCGUAAUGCCAAGCGCUUCCAUGCAACAGUGUCUUUCCUCGCCGAUACGGGCCUCAAGGACUGUGCUGAGAAGGUCCACAACUACAACCUCCUGAUGCGAGACUUCCCUCUCAACGACCUCCUCUCGGCCACGGACCUCAUCAAAUGCCGCGAUGCCAUCAAUGCCGUGUUUGUCCACCUCAACAAGAAGCUGCGCAUCAGCCCUUACCCGGUCAAGCGGGCCCUGCCCCUUGUCGAGGCAAUCUCGCGCGACCUCAACGAUACCCUCAUCAAGGUCCUCUCAUCGCAGCGCCUCAUGUACCAGGACUUCUCCGGCUUCUGCGACGUCAUUGCUGCCACGAAUGAUGUCUUCGCGGCGUGGGAUGAAUCGAUGAAGGAAUUCGUAAACAUUGCGAGAGAGGUGACGAGAAAGAGACAGGAGAAGUUCAUCCCCAUCAAGGUCAAUCCGGAGCAUGCUAAGCUGCGCGAUCGUCUCAACUACAUCGCUGCGUUCCGUAAGACGCAUGAGCAGCUCAGAGUCAUGGUCAGCUCAGGCAAGGCAGUCUCGUCUUCGAUCGAGGGCCACUCGAACGGAAAUGCGCCUGUCCAGUCUCUCGCCGGCAUUGAGAUGAGCGAUGAGAUUCAAGCAGCGUACGAGUCGGUCAAGGUCAUUGACGUCCUCGACGUUAGCCAAGAAGGCACCGAGAUCUGGUCGGCUGCCGAGCACGCCUACAACGAGCGAGUUUCCCGUGUCGAGAACACUCUGAUCGCCCGACUCAGGGAUCUUCUGGGCCAGGCCAAGUCGGCGAGGGAGAUGCUGCGAGUCCUCAGCCAGUUCAACUCCCUUUUCGUCCGCCCCAAGGUGCGAGGUGCCGUCCAGGAAUACCAGCAACAGCUACUUCAAAGCGUCAAGACGGACAUUCAAGCUCUUCACGACAAAUUCAAAUCGCAGUAUCGCCCUUCAAAGGCCAAUCAUCUGAGUCAGCUGCGCGACUUGCCCGAGAUCGCCGGAGCGAUCAUCUGGGCACGUCAGAUCGAGCGCCAACUGGACAUCUACAUGCGUCGUGUUGAAGACGUCUUGGGCAAGGGCUGGGAGCUCUACGCCGAGGGACAGCGCCUGCACAACGAGAGCGAGACCUUCAAGCGCAAGCUGUCGACCCGACCACUCUUCGACGGUUGGCUGCAAGACAUACAACGACGUGACCUCACCAUCUCUGGCCGCCUCUUCAAUGUCACGCGCAAUCGCACCACGAACCGGUAUGAGCUCGUCGUCAAUUUUGACUCGCAGGUCAUCUCCCUCUUUAAAGAGGUGCGCAACUUGAUCUGGCUCGGCUUUCAGAUCCCACAUGGCAUAAACAACCUGGCAAAGGACGCCAAGCGUGUCUAUCCUCACGCCGUCUCGCUCAUGGAGACUGUGAGGACGUACACGCAGACGUGCGACCUCGUUGCGGCCAAUCCGUCAAUUGCUCGCCUUGUCGCCCAGGUGCAGAGCGACUGUCAGGGGCUCAUUUCGCAGGGAAUGAACCUGCGUUGGGAGCACUUUGCUAACACCUACGAAAGCCAUCGCGCUAUGGCAUAUUUGCCCGGCUCGGGUGGUCUCGACGCACGGGAGAACAAGCAGGUCACAUUUGUUCGCCAACUCGCCAGUGCCGUCAGCCUCUUCCAGGACAAAACGACUGAGCUCAUCGAGAUGCAGCGCGACACGACUGCCCUCGUCGAUGAGCUGUCGACCUGCCCUUACACGAGUGCAGCCUUCUCUGAGCGCCUAGCCAAGAUCCAGGCCACUAUCGACAAGCUCAACCUCGAAGGGUGCCCAAAUCUUGAGGAGUGGGUCGCGGAGCUAGACGGUCAGAUCGAAAGCGUCCUUGUGGAGCGUCUCAGGCUCAUCAGCGCAGCCUGGUGUGCUGAGUUCAGCGGCGGUGGAAAGGAGUUGGCGAAUGGCCACAGCGCUGCCUCGAACCGCAGCAAGAAAAGCAAGGAAACUCGACGCCGCGACCAGCUUGCAGCAGCCGAGCGAGACCACAUCGACUUGAAGCCCCUCAGGCACGAGAUCAAGAUCCAGAACCAGCUCAUCUACCUCGACCCGCCGGUGCAAUACGCUCGCGCGCGCUGGUUUCAGCAGCUCCACGACACCCUCGGCGUUGUGUGCGGCCUACAGCGAGUGCUCAGCGCUCGAUAUGAAAUCGGGCUGCAAAUGAGCAAGCAAGUCGACACAACAGAUCGCACGUAUACGUCCCUCUUGACACGUUUCGGCGAUGAUGAUACGCUGCUCCGCCCAUUUGGCCUCAUUGAGGGCAGAGUGGCCGACUUGGAUGCAUACGUCGAGCGAUGGCUGCAGUUUCAGAGCCUGUGGGACCUUGACGAGAAUGUCGGCGAUCGUGUGCUGGGCGACUCUCUCUCCAAGUGGCAGGACCUUCUUCAAGCCAUUCGCAGAGCGCGUACGGUGUUUGACAACUCGGAGACGCAGUACUCUUUCGGCAGCGUGGCGACCGUUGAGUACGGCUCGGUGGCGGCGAAGGUCAACGCAAAGUACGACUCGCUCCAGCGCAUGUUCACGAGUCAAUUCGCCAGUCGGCUGGGCAACUCGAUGAAGGACACGCAUGCCGCAAUCCUCAAAGCGCGCAAUGAUCUCGAGCAAGGGUCCAUCGAGGCUAGCUCGACGGCUUCGACGGUGAAUUUUGUCAUGCUAGUAGAGGAUACAAAGCGCAAGAUCAAGAGCUGGUCCUCUCAAGUCGAAGUUUUCGCCAGCGGAGAGAAGAUCCUUCAGCGUCAGCGCCAUUCUUUCCCCAAGGAGUGGCUUUGGGUCGAUCAGGUCGAGGGACAAUUCAGCGCCCUCAGCGAGAUCCUGGCGCGCAAGGAUGCGGGCAUUCAGGAGCAGAAGGCAGGCUUGGAACUCAAGAUCCUUGCGGAAGACAAGAUAUUGGCCGAGAAACUCGCAGCGGCGCUUGAGGCUUGGGAGGAAGGCAAGCCCAUCGACGGCGGCUCGACCCACGAGAAGAGCCUAGGUGCGCUCAACGAGUUCGAGGGGCGCUUCAACAAGCUCGAAGAGGAUCGCAGCCUCAUUCUGCGAGCCAAGGAAGCGCUGGGAAUUGCAGCCGACGACGUCAGCAACCCCCUCGAGCCCGUUUUCGAAGAGCUGCGCGACCUCAAGGCGGUCUGGACCGCUCUCUCCGGCAUCUGGCAACAGCUUGACGAGCUCCGCUCCACCAAGUGGAGCAACGUUCCUCCGGCUCGCAAGCUCCGUCAACAGCUGGAUGGACUCCUCGAGCAGACAAAGCAGCUGCCUUCUCGCAUGCGCCAGUACUCCGCAGCAGAACAUUGCGCCAAUAACCUGCGCGGACUGCUCAAGACCACUUCGACCAUCUCGGAGCUCAGCGGCGAUGCAAUGCGAGACAGGCACUGGCGCUCGCUUUGGAAGCGGCUGGGGAAGGGCCACUUCUCUACUUCAAAGCUCACGCUGGGCGCGGUGUGGGACCUGGAUCUCAAGCGCAACGAGAGCGCCAUCAAGGAGACAGUAGCCAUUGCAGCGGGCGAAGCUGCAUGCGAGACUUUCCUUCGCGAGACGAGGGAGAGCUGGACGUCCUAUACGCUCGACAUCGUGCGCCGCGGCGAGGCUUACCUGGUCCGUCACUUCGAGAAUCUCUUCACCCUCGCAGGGGACCACCUCUCCGCUCUCCGUCAGAUGGCCAUGUCGCCCCACUACAAGACGUUCGAAGAGGAGGCGCGCGGUCUCACCGAGCGCCUGGAGAGGGUGCUGGAGCUCUUCGAAGUCUACGCCGAUGCACAGACCCGCUACGUCUAUCUGGCGGGUAUCUUCCACGGCAGCACCGAGAUUCGCGCCAUCCUCCCCGCGGAGAGCAGCAGAUUCGCGAGUGUCGAGUCCGAAUUCGUGGCAGUCAUGCGCAAGGUCAACAAGUCGCCCUUCGUCUUCGACGUCAUUGCCAUUCCUGGCGUACUGAGGACGCUGGAGCGCCAGGCAGAUCUCCUGACCAAAAUUCAGAAGGCACUUGGCGAGUUCCUCGAGAGGCAGAGAGCUACGACGCCUCGCCUCUACUUCCUGGGAGAUGGCGACUUGCUUCAGCUCAUUGGCAGCAAAGACGUCGCGAACAUAUCCAGCUCGUUGAGCAAGAUGUUCGGUGGGAUUGCUACCAUUGAGACCGCUGAUGGGGCAGGGCAAGAGAUGACUGCGAUGAUCUCGCGCGAAGGAGAGAGGGUCCCGCUCAAGAAGAGCAUUCAACUUGCGAACGCCAAAGUCAACGAAUGGCUCAGCGCACUCGAAGUGGAGAUGCGAUCUACGCUUGCUCAGCUGCUCCAAGAGGCACUGGCUGAGCUGCGCCCGUUGUACACGCGGGCGGAUGUUUUACCUGACCAGGACUUCCUCACAUGGAUGGACAACACGCCCGCUCAGCUCUCGAUUCUCGCCGUACAAGUGCUCUGGACGGAGAUGGUCGAGGGAGAGCUCAAGAUCGGUGAAGGACCCAAGCAGUCCCUCACGGUCGUCAUGCGCGGCCUCGAGGUGCUGGCGGACACGGUACUGCGAGGCGAUAUUGAACCACUGACAAGACGCAAGGCCGAGGGUCUCGUCACUGAGCUCGUUUUGCAGCGUGACCUCUCCCGACAGCUCAUUAGCGGCAAGGUUUCCUCCCCACAGUCCUGGGAAUGGCAGCGUCAAAUGCGCUUCUACACCGCGAGCGAAUCAGCCGUGCACGUCUACAUGGCUGACGCCAAGAUGGACUACGCCUGGGAGUACCUGGGCGCCGCCGAUCGUCUCGUCACCACCCCUCUCACCCUGCGGGCCUUCAGCGUUCUCACGCAAGCGCGCAACGCCAAAAUGGGCUCGAGUCUGUUCGGCCCUGCAGGAACGGGAAAGACGGAGAGUGCCAAGGCGUUGAGCGCCAAGUUGGGCCAGAUGAGCAUUGUCGUCAACUGCGACGAGAGUUUCGACCUGCCAGCCAUGGGUCGCAUCUUCAUCGGCCUCUGCCGCGUUGGCGCAAGCGCAUGCUUCGACGAGUUCAAUCGUCUCUCCGAAGCGGUCUUGUCCGCCGUCUCCCAGCAGAUCCAGACCAUUCAGGGUGGACUGGCCCUCUCCUCUCCGUCGAACCCUUCGCCUGAGAUCGAACUGGGCGGCAAGACCUUCCCGCUCAGCAGCGAGGUGGCCAUCAACAUCACAACGAACCCCACUUACGCCGGACGAAGCGCCCUGCCGAUCAAUCUCAAGAAGCUUUUCCGCAGCGUGGCGAUGACGCAUCCUGAUCGCGAGCUCAUUGCGCAGGUGAUGCUCUUCUCGCAGGGCUUCAGGACGUCGGAGAAGCUGGCGGCGAAGGUUGUGCCCUUCUUUAGCUUGUGUGGUGAGCAGCUGAGCGGGCAGCCUCACUACGACUUUGGGCUGCGAGCAUUGAAGUCCGUGCUGGUCAGUGCAGGACAGCUCAAGCGCGAUCGCCUCGAGGCAGAGCGUGCUGCACGAGGAAGCGAGGAGGAGGGAGCUGCGGCUGCCUCGUCAGAGACGGCCGAGCAGGAGAUCUUGAUCCAAUCGAUCUCAGAGACAAUUGUCCCCAAGCUCGUAGGCGACGACGUCACCCUCCUGCACAGUCUCCUCUCGGACGUCUUCCCUGGCGUGGAAUACAAGCCCGCCAACCUCGAGCAGCUCCUCUCCAAGAUCACUUCCGUCUGUUCAGAGCGUCACCUUCUCUGCGACGAUGGUGUUGCGAGCCAAUGGAAGGCCAAGAUCAUCCAGCUCUAUCAGAUUCAGAAGAUCUCGCACGGUCUCAUGCUUGUUGGUCCAUCGGGCACGGGCAAGACGCAAGCUUGGCAAGUGCUCCUUUCUGCCAUGCACAAGCUCGAUGGAAUCGAGAGUGUAUCGUACGUCAUUGACCCGAAGGCCAUCAGCAAGGACAAUCUUUACGGUACCCUCGACCCUACGACUCGCGAGUGGAAUGACGGUCUCUUCACUUCCAUUCUGCGCAAGAUUGUCGACAACGCCCGCGGAGAGAGCUCAAAGCGUCACUGGAUUAUCUUUGACGGCGAUGUUGAUCCGGAAUGGGUUGAGAACCUCAACUCAGUGCUCGAUGACAACAAGCUUCUCACGCUGCCCAACGGAGAGCGGCUCAGCCUGCCACCCAAUGUGCGCAUCGUCUUCGAGGUUGAGAGUCUGGAAUACGCCACACUGGCCACCGUAUCGCGUUGCGGAAUGAUCUGGUUCAGUGACGACAGUGUUCGCCCUGCCAUGAUCUAUGAGCACUUCCUCGGCUCGCUGCGCUCAGUUCCUCUGGGCAACGAUGAGGAUGGCGGUGCUCUUGGUGGACCGCUUCGCAUUCAACCUGAUUCCGAAAUGACAAGUCCAGAAAUGAGGACACAACGCGCUGUCGCCGACGUCAUUGCUCCCUUUUUCCAGAGCACGAACGAUGAUACCAGCCUGGUCGACGCUGCUCUCCUCCACGCCCGUGACCAGUUCCACAUCAUGGACUUCACAGUUGCUCGCGCGCUCGGCACUCUCUUCUCUCUCAUCAACAAGACGGUGCGCAACAUUGUUGACUACGACUUGCAGCACGUGGACUUCCCUCUCAGCCCGGAACUCCUCGAAGCUUACGCCAAGAAGCGCAUGGUCAUCGGCCUCGUCUGGGCCUUUACGGGAGACUCACGCCUGGAAACUCGCGCUGAGAUGGGCGAAUUCCUUCGAGGCCAAUGUAGCGUCGAGUUCCCUCCUCUCGGCCCCGGAGUCAGCUUGAUCGACUUUGACGUCCAGAUCAACAACGCUGAGUGGUUCAAUUGGACGAGCAAGGUGCCCAGCAUCGAGAUCGAGACGGCCAAGGUCGUGUCCGCGGACGUGGUUAUCCCGACGAUGGAUACGGUGCGACACGAAGAUGUCCUCUACUCCUGGCUCUCCGAGCACAAGCCCCUCAUGCUGUGCGGUCCUCCCGGGUCGGGUAAGACCAUGACCCUCUUCAGUGCCCUGCGCAAGCUCCCCGACCAGGAAGUCGUCGGCCUCAACUUCUCGAGCGCGACCACGCCUGAGCUCAUCCUCAAGACUUUCGAUCAGUACUGCGAGUACCGCAAGACACCGAGCGGCGUGGUGUUGGCGCCUGUGCAGCUGGGCAAAUGGAUGGUCCUCUUCUGCGACGAGAUCAAUCUCCCCUCCCGCGACAAGUACGGAACGCAGCGAGUCAUAUCCUUCUUGCGCCAGCUGGUCGAGCGUGGCGGAUUUUGGCGACCGAGCGAUAAAGUCUGGGUCAGGCUGGAGCGCAUCCAAUUCGUUGGAGCCUGCAACCCUCCUACGGACCCGGGCCGUGUGCCGCUCAGCCACCGUUUCCUGCGCCAUGCUCCGCUCAUUAUGGUCGACUAUCCAGGAGAGGUGUCGCUCAAUCAAAUCUACAGCACCUUCAAUCGGGCUCUACUCAAGGUCACGCCAAAUCUUCGCGGCUAUGCAGACGCGCUCACGUCGGCUAUGGUCGACUUCUAUCUCGCAUCGCAGCGACGCUUCACUGCCGAUCAGCAGGCACACUACGUCUACUCGCCGCGUGAGUUGACGCGCUGGAUGCGCGGUAUCUAUGAGGCGAUCAAGCCUCUCGACGACCUGGACCUCGACGGACUGGUGCGCGUCUGGGCCUACGAGGGGUUGCGUCUUUUCCAAGAUCGUUUGGUACAUGAGAGCGAAAAGCAAUGGACUGAUGCCGAGAUCGACGGCACAGCACGUCAGCACUUCCCCAAUGUAGGGGCAUCCGCCCUCGCCCGUCCGAUCCUGUUCAGCAACUGGCUCACCCGCUCUACACAGAGCGUCGACAUCGAGGCACUCCGACGCCACACUACGGCGCGACUCGCCCAGUACUCGGAAGAGGAGCUCGAGACGCGUCUGGUACUGCACGAUGGCACGCUAGACGUAGCCACGUCCAUCGACCGAGUGCUCAGGCAACGCCAGGGUCACGUCCUCAUGAUCGGCGUCUCUGGCAGUGGGCGCGCAACGCUCACGCGCUUCGUCGCUUGGCUCAACGGGCUGUCGGUGUACACGAUUGCGACCUCGAAUCGCUACACCAUGUCCGACUUCAAUGAGGAUCUCAAGAUCGUGCUGCGUCGCGCCGGAACGCAGGGCGAGAAGAUGUGCUUCUUGAUCGACGAGGGCCAGAUUAUCUCACCCGACUUCCUCGAAGCCAUGAAUACCCUCCUGGCAAACGCAGAGGUGCCCGGUCUGUUCGAAGGAGACGAAUGGACCUCGCUGAUGACGCAGUGCAAGGAGGGGGCGGCGAGAGAUGGCUUGAUCUUGGACUCGAGUGAGGAGCUUUAUGCUUGGUUCCAGACGGAGAUCAGUAAGAACCUGCACGUGGUUUUCACCAUGGUGCCUCCUGAGGGAGAGACGGGGACUGGCGGGAGAGCAGCGGCUAGUCCGGCCCUGUUCAACCGUACGACGAUGGUGUUCACGUAG